ACAAAACCUGAGCACAUCGCUUCCCAAGAUACGCGCCACUCCACUCCUUCAAUUCAUAGUUUCCCGCGCCAAAUACUUCACAUUUGCCACCUUCACAAACCCUAACAAACCAAAACCUCAAUCUCUCUUCCUUCUCAACCAAUCCUAGUUCAGUCGAAACCUCCAAAAACAUGUUCUAUUCUCACACAUUUUUGGCGCGAAAAGGCCCUCUCUCAACGGUGUGGAUCGCCGCGCACCUCCAGCACCGCCUAAAAAAAUCGCACUAUGCCAUGACCGACAUCCCCUCCACCGUCCUGCGCAUCAUGGACCCUGGUGUUCCCAUCGCGCUCAGAAUGUCGGGGCACCUUCUCCUCGGCGUGGUUCGGAUAUACUCCAAGAAAGUGGAGUACUUUUUCCAAGAUUGCAAAGAAGCGUUGACGGGUCUCCACAAAGCCUUAGAUAAUCUCAAAACUACUCAUCAAGAAGAAGCUAGGCCUGUCCCGUUUAGUACCAUCACUCUGCCGGAAACCUUCGACCUUGAUGCCCAGAACAUAGACCUCCAAUUAGAUCAUGAUGGGGCUGAGGAUCUUCACUUGAGGAAUCCAGAAGAUAUCACGCUAACAGAUCAAGUUCCUGUCACAACAGAUUAUUAUGUGACUGUAUCUUUUGAUGAGGAUAUAAUGAUGGAUUCUUCACAUACAGAAGUGCUACCUGAUUCUGGAGCUAUACUAACAGAAGUGCCACCUGAUUCUGGAGCUAUACUAACAGAAGUGCUACCUGAUUCUGUAGCUAUACCAAUGGAAAACAUUGUCGCUCAAUCUCCACCAACGAAUGUCAUGGGUGCUAAAGAUCAUGGUCCAAGUACCCAAGAAAAAUCGCCAACUAUCCAGCAUAGUGAUGGAUUGGGACCCAAUGUUCAUAGUGUUCCACACGCAACCCCAGUUGGAUCAGUGGAACGUAUUCGGGGUCCCUACAAUGAUAUUAAUCCAGAAAAUUCUCCAUUAUUUUCAAAUCUUGGGGCUAAUGACUCUGAAUCAAACAGAAAUCAUGACCAAACUGUGAAUGAAAAUGAUCAUGUUUCUGAAACGUUUUGUGAUUUGGUUCCUGAAGGGAUUCCUGUACCAUCUCAGCUACAUUUUAAUCCGCCUACUCCACCAACCUCUCAAGGGGGCACCUCCAAUGCACAAGUUCAUGAUGAGAAUAUUUUCCCCCCUUUUGAGCUUGAUAAAAGUCCACCAGUCCAGCAGCCGCAGCGGAGAGCAAGAAAAAGAAUACAAUUCUUCGAUGAAUCCAUAGUGUUAACAAAUGGAUUCAUGAGGAAGGCACUUAAUAACCCUCGUGAUAUACUGAGGAAAAGAAAGGAUCUUCCUUCCUCUAGUUUGGGUACAUGGAAGUUGAACAAUAGUCGAAGAAAAGAACACAUUUUUGACCAGCCCUUGUUAACUGGGGUUUGCAAGGAUCUUUUGGACAUAUCCAAAAGUGAAUAUGUACGUUCAAGACCCCAUUUGGUGAUCUCUGAGGAAUAUCAGGCAGAUGCUAGUAUGGCUGAAACUCUUUCUCCUACUAACCAACCCCCUGAAGAGCCAAUAGCUGCUACUAUUGAAUCCCCUGAAGAGCCAAUGGCUGCUACUAACGAAUCCCCUGAAGAGCCAAUAGCUACUACUAACCAACCCCUCGAAGAGCUAGUAGCUCCUACUGACCAAACCUCUGAAGUGCCAAUACCUGAUACAUCUCCCGUUGAUGCAUUUGAUAUGGAAAUUGAACACCGUCGUAAUGUUGCUGUCACUCCCCUUAUCACUGUCCCAGAACACGAUGUUGUUGAAGGUGACUACAUGAGUGCCGAUAAAAGAGAUGACUUGACUACUAUGGCUUCACCCCCUAAUACACCAGUUGUUUUUUUGGGAACAAAUAUUGCAUCUGAGAGAAUGCAGACACUACAUUCAGCAGGGUCACCUAGUGCUUAUGGAUCGGAGACAAUGCAAACACCGGAUUCAGAUGCUUAUCACUUGACCGAUUCUGCUAAAACAGAUGAGUUUUGGUUUCUGACACUGGACAGCAAAACAUCAGCAAGUUCACAUGGUACAAGUGGAAGUAACAAGACAUUGUCUGAAAGAACCAAGCACACAGCACAAUAUUUGGAAAAACUUUCUACAAUCACCCCAAUUUUGGAGGAACCUGCUGGAGAUCUCAGCUUGAACAAGAUAUUGAAAGGGAGAACUAAACAUGUUGCUGCUCGGAUGUUCUUUGAAGUAUUGGUCUUAAAGACGAAUGAUCUUCUUGAUGUACAACAAGAACAACCUUAUGAUGAUGUCACCUUGAAGUUGGCCCCUUCGCUUCAAAAUGCUCAAAGUUGAUAUUAAGUUCCUUGUGACAAGCCCUUGUGUACAUAGGUGGAUUUCUAGCCUAGGACGGAAAUGCGUUUUGGGCGUACAAGGCAAAAUUAUGACCAGCUUAAAGAGAUGGUCUUUGUCAAUGUUUUGCAUGUAAAUUUGAAUUAGUGUUUAUUUUUAUAUUAAAUUAUAAUGAUUGGAUUUAUUAUUUAAUCCAUAUAUAGUUGGCCAACAAAAGAAGAACUUAAAUUAAGAUUAUGUGUUUUUCUACCUUCUAGUUUAGUCUGAUAUUCGUGUUAACUUU